AUGUCCCCUGGUCCCUGGCUGGUGGCAUGGUGCCAGCCCGUUAGAAAGAUGAAGCUCCAAUCAAUCAGGCUCCCCCAGGCGCUGCCGCUGCAGCACAUGUUCACAGUGGGCUGGUCCUGCCGCACUCGCCUCCCCAGCGUGUGAACCACACUCCCGGUCAGAUGGGAGCCCGGGAGGAACUCUCAUCGGAGCCAUCUGGGGCCAAAACGUGAAGAGUGAACACAACAGUGUUCUUGAUUUUGCUAUGAAGUUUUCUUUUUGGAUCUGUGUGUGUUGUAAAUUUCAACUACCUGGUGUUUUUUUGUAGAGGUAAUUUAAUGACUCACGUCCUUUGACUGAUUCUAAACUAAACUUGGUUGGAGAAAGUGUUAGGAUCGCUCACAUUUGACAGACAAAUGAACAAUUAAGCAAAAGAUUAAUCUUAAGAAGUAGUGUGGUUAUAGGGGAGUUUUAAUAACAGGAUUUACUUUGAUGGCAACAAGUAGUAGUCUCUCUCAUCAUUAAAGAACAGCUCACUGCACACAUGCUGUUAUAUUGUUCUUGGAGAUCCUAUCUAUCCAGUGUUCUUCCAGAGCCAAACAAACAGCACUCUGUGUGGAUGAGAAAACAUUGUUUCAGAGCUUGUGAAGUUUUCUCUUUCCAUGGGAGGACAUCCUAAUCAUGAGGGGAUAGAGUGGGGGUGGGAGGGGGUUAGAGGGAACAAGAGAGAGGGAGUGUAAGCUAGAGAGAGCAAGAAAGAGAGAGCGAGAGAGACAGAGUGUGAGUGUGGAAGCAAGAGUGUAGAAGCAAGAGAGAGAGCAAGAGAGAGAGAGAGAGAGAGCGAGAGAGAGAAGGGUUGUGGUGAGGGUGGGAUGGCUGCUCAUCAGGGUUAAUGAUGUAGAAAAUCCCCCAAUUAGAGCCUUUUCCUGAGGACCAGGAUGAGUUCAGAGCGGGGUUCUCUGACAGCUCAGGGAUUAGUGGCCAGGCCGGGCCUGAGCAGACACUGACUGCUGGACAUCUUGGCACGGCGCAGCUGGGGCCAGGGUAAGCAUGCGUUGAGCUGGAGUGAGUGGCACAAAGAAAAGCAUGGGAAAAGAGCAGAAGAUCAACGUAGAAGCUUUUGUUGGGCUCGCUGUGCAAAAUCCAACCAUCUCCUCGUUCGCAUUUUGAAUCGGGGGCCAACACAGUGGACUUAGGCCUUUCGUGUGUUUGUGAUUUAUAGUCAACAUGCUGCGUUGUCCUCACACGAGUGUUGGGAACAUAACUAUAACUGACCCCCAUCAAUUCAUAAAAAAAAAAAAAGUAUAUAUAUUUAACAGCCUGAUUGGGAGGACGCAUUCCUCAGUGGGGAUAAUAAGGGAAAGGAGCUAAAUUAAUUGGGUUUGAUUAAGAGAGCUUUUCAAUGGGACACAGCUUUUUCGCAUGACAUAAUUGGAAGUCAGUGAGAGAGAGGGGGGUGUGAGCGGAGGAUUUGUUGGCUGGCGCCAGUGUUUGGUGUGUGUCCCCCCCCCACCCCCUGUAGAGAAAUAUGGUGUGUACACUAUAUAUACAAAAGUAUGUGGACACCCCUUCAAAUUAGUGGAUUUGGCUAUUUCAGCCACACCCGUUGCUGACAGGUGUAUAAAAUCGAGCACACAGCCAUUAAAUCUCCGUAGACAAACAUUGGCAGUAGAAUGGCCUUACUGAAGAGCUCAGUGACUUUCAACGUGGCACUGUCAUACGAUGCCACGUUUCCAACAAGUCAGUUCAUCAAAUUUCUGCCCUGCUAGAGCUGCCCCGGUCAACUGUAAGUGCUGUUAUUGUGAAGUGGAAACAUCUAGGAGCAACAACGGCUCAGCCGCGAAGUGGUAGGCCACACAAGCUCACGGAAUGGGACCACUGAGUGCUGAAGCAUGUAGCCCGUAAAAAUUGUCUGUCCUCGGUUGCAACAGUCACUACCGAGUUCCAAACUGCCUCUGGAAGCAACGUCAGCACAAUAACUGUUCGUCGGGAGCUUCAUGAAAUGGGUUUCCAUGGCCGAGCAGCCGUACACAAGCCUAAGAUCACCAUACGCAAUGCCAAGCGUAGGCUGGAGUGGUGUAAAGCUCGCCGCCAUUGGACUCUGGAGCAGUGGAAACGCGUUCUCUGGAAUGCAUAGUGCCAACUGCAUAGUUUGGUGGAGGAGGAAUAAUGGUCUGGGGCAGAUUUUCAUGGUUCGGGCUAGGCCCCUUAGUUCCAGUGAAGGGAAAUCGUAAUGUUCCAGCAUACAAUAACAUUCUAGACGAUUCUGUGCUUCCAACUUUAUGGCAACAUUUUGGGGAAGGCCCUUUCCUGUUUCAGCAUGACAAUGCCCGCAUGCACAAUGCAAGGUCCAUACAGAAACUCUAUAUUAAUGCCCAUAAUUUUGGAAUGAGAUGUUCGAUGAGCAGGUGUCCACAUACUUUUGGUCAUGUAGUGUAUCUCGUGUUGUAAACCUCCUUAGGCUCUCAUUCACCAGAAAACAUGCAUUGGGAUAGGCUGUGCGAGGGCCUGCUAUACAUUCGGUGUGAGAUUGUCACUUCCGCUCUGCUACUUUAGAACAAUUAUUAUAAUGCAUACCCUCCCGAUAACCCCAGAUUGUUUAUGAUGUAGAUCACACAUGCAUGUGCGCGCGCACACACUCACACACACACACACACACACACACACACACACACACACACACACACACACACACACACACACACACAUAGACACACUGUAAUGCACUGUGCAGGAACUGUUAAGGAAAACACACCUGGUAUAAUCAGUCUGCUCAUUGUGUUUGUAUAAUCUGGUUACACUAUAAUCUAUUAUGGGAGGGAGGGCCCAAAAAAUUGUCAAAGACUCCAGUCACCCAAGUCAUAGACUGUUCUCUCUGCUACCGCACGGCAAGCGUUACCGGAGCGCCAAAUCUAGGUCCAAAAAGCUCCUUAACAGCUUCUACCCCCAAGCCAUAAGACUGCUGUACAAUUAAUCAAAUGGCCACCUGGACUAUUUACAUUGUCACCCCCCCUACCUACAUGUACAAAUUACCUCGACUAACCUGUACCCCCGGACAUUGACUCAGUACCGGUACCCCCUGUAUAUAGCCUCGUUGUUGUUAUUUUAUUGUGUUAAUUUUUAUUUUAUUUUUUACUUUAGUUUAUUUAGUAAAUAUUUUCUUAACUAUUUCUCGAACUGCAUUGUUGGUAAAGGGCUCGUAAGUAAGCAUUUCAUGGUAUUCGGCUCAUGUGACAAAUACAAUUUGAUUUUAUUUGAUAUUAUUAGAGACAGCCAAACCAUUCAAUCGAGACUACAGUAAAUCCAAAAAUGUAAUCCACAUGCAUUCUCCUCACCCCACAACUAGAUUAUGAAAGAUCUCAUCCUCAAACUAUGGGUUUUCCACUUCAUCUCCACUUGAAUUAAUAUUUGUGAACUAUGGCAAUUGGCAAGGGUAUUCGCUCUGGCCACCAGACUGGACAGCAUGUAGAAGAGAUUACUAGCGCUCCCUAUGGUUGACAUUUAGAAAACGCAUCUCCUAUAUUCAACUCAUUUGCUGAGAUUCUUAAUAUCAAUGUAUGGUUUAUCACUCACUAGUCUAUAUACACAAAUGUACUCAUGUAAACAAAGGACAGUGUGGCAGACUAGUUAGAGUUUCUUAGGAAUGUUUAGGGGAACAAACAUGUGUGACUGGGAUGUAGCUCAGUUGGUAGAGCAUGGCGUUUGCAACGCCAGGGUUGUGGGUUCGAUUCCAACGGGGGGCCAGUAUGAAAAAUAAAAAAAUAAUGUAUGCACUCACUAACUGCAAGUCGCUCUGGAUAAGAGCGUCUGCUAAAUGACUAAAAUGUAAAUGCCUGCUUCCUUAUGUAGGCAGUGCAACAAAAAAAACUAGAGUCCAUAUUUUUGGGAGGGUGAAAGCAAUGAAUCAUCAUAACACUUUUUUUCAUGUUGCUAAAGUUGGAUUUACAUGUGUACCUUGCCAGUCCUACAAGUGCUUGACACGCCACCCACCGGUGGAGCGCUGUAGCUGCUUUAUUCCAGUGGCACCUGAAGUAUGAAGUCCUCGAAGUACUUCCGGUGCUGGAGUGUCUAACAUUUUGGAAUGCUGCUGUAUUUUCCUUCAACCACAUAGCUAGAUAACAUUUUCUCAUAUUAAUCUGGGUGUCUUUGUGGUUCAGCGGGCUCGCUGUUACUUGAUUGAAGACAAACAUGGAUAUUCCUACAGCUCCUGAGGGUUUGUAUCUUUAAUUUUGAGUAACUAGCAAUGCAAUGUGCUAGCUAACUUAGCAUGCUGUGCAAUGAAGAUACGCAGCUAACUUAACUAGCUAGUUUAGCCAAAGCUAGUCAGGCACAUGAUUGUCGUUACUAAGCUAGAAUUCUAUGCUUUUUAUUAGCUUUGUGAUCAGCUAAUGAAUCUAUUUCUACUUAACUCACUAACCUAUUUGGACUGUUUUGACUGAUACACCUAGCUACAGUUAGCUAUAGUCGCGCAUGCGUCGAUACUGUCCCUUUUACGCGACUACUUUUCUGACAAGUGCCCACUUUACCUGACACGGUUACCUUGCACAGUACAUAGCUGGGGGAGGGGGAACCAGGUUUUGGGGAGGGGGCACCAUCAUAACCUGACAAAUAGCUAGCUUGAUUGCUUUGCGAAAAGUAAUUCUGCGUUGACAUUAGUUAACGUAACAAUAAUAGAGACCCCUGUGUAUGGUGUAUCAGAAAUCAUGUUGUGACUCACCAUAAAAAUGUCCCUAUUGUUUUCCUCCUCAGACCAAGAGCUGAAGAAUGUCAUUGACAAACUGGCCCAGUUUGUAGCUCGAAAUGGCCCGGAGUUUGAGAAGAUGACAAUGGAGAAAACAGAAGGACAAUUCUAAAUUCUCUUUUCUGUUUGGAGGGGACUUCUUCGCCUAUUACCGGUGCAAGCUUGCUAUGGAACAACAUCAGCGUAUGUAGCUCAUAUAGCUAUCCAUUCAAAUAGGCUUAUUUUAGCUCUUUCUAGUCAUUGCAGGAAGAAGACCAGACCUGCAUGUAUUUCUGUCAAAUCACGAUACUAGGAAGUAGGCUAAGGAAGGAAAGGAAACAAAACAUGAAGCAGACUUCAUUUCUUAUGGAAAACAGUCCCAAUGUUGGGGAAAAAACAGACUUAGGUUGUCAACCAGUCACAUUUGUUUAUUUAGCAAGCUAUAGCACACAAUAUUUUACAAAAGUAGGUUAUAAAGGACCAUAGAGUAAAGUCUGCUUCACAGCGUCUGUGUUUUCUUUUUGCAAAGUAAAAUCUUGUAUCGUAGAGUCGUACUAUCUUGAUACUGGUAUUGUGACAACACCAUGCAGCACCCCUACUACCAGCGGCUAUGGACAACACUAAUUAAAGGUGUGGCUGUUUGUUUGCCAGCUGUAUUAUAAUGUGUGCUUCUCUCCACAUAGAUCCUACUACCCACGAAUGUGAGGAGUAUAAGUUGGAAGGUAUUUACUGGAAAGUUGUGUAGAAAAGUGCAAUUCUAGUACCAACCUGCACAUUUAGCAUCAGCAGGGAUUGAAGGCUUUGUUUUUGUAUUGUGUUUAAUGUGUUUGUAUUUUUCAAUCAUGAUGAUUUUGAGUUGGGGAUACCCUUGCUGCUGGUGUUGAUCUAAAAUACUUGUCUAAACAUUGUAGUUUUGAAAUUUCAACCACAAUUCAAGUUUGGACUUUGCGGAGCCUAAGUAUGUCAGUUUGCUAAGAAAGUGUUCUUGAUAUUCUUGAUGCUUGUUGAUAUCAAAUGUAGAUUUAUUUAGUUUUUGUCUCUUGCUUGUGAUUGUUUCAAUGCUGCUGCAAAGUUUUUGUGACUUAAAAAUCCACAUGCUCUCCUGUUACAAAAUUAAGAUUUUUUUUCAAUAUACAUUCCUUUGAAGUAUAAAGGAAUUGAGUUAAAUGAAGAUGAGAACAUUCCUUGACCUGGCAUGAAGCUAGUUGCAUGUAAAAAUGGUCAUGUUCUGGUACUUCCUUAGCUUUUCCGGAAUGUAAUUUAAUUGUGAAUUUAAUUUUUUUCUGUCACUUCAACUGCCUGUGCAAAUGACAAAAAGCAUCACUACUACAACAACAAAAUGUUCCUUAUCAUGCUUUGUCCUUUAAUCGCUUAGAUAUUUUUGCCUUGCCAGAUCUUUAUAAUCCACCUGGUAAGGAAGUCCUAGACGUCCCUCCACCAAUCGCCAUCCUGGCCCCGCCCCCCAUCGCCCCUGCCACGCCCUCUCUAGAUGAGCUCAUCCAGCAGAGCCAAUGGAACCUGCAGCAGCAAGAACAGCAGCUGCUCACUCUCAGACAGGUACGGGUUACCUUACCCCAGGGUUGGUCAGUCUUCUAGACCAUCAUUAGUUGAAUCAGUUGUGUUAGUGCUGGGCUGGUGCAAAAGCCUGCACACACUGGCCCUCCAUGGCGCAGACUGACCAAAGUUACCAUAUCCUAUAUUCUCUGGUCAUAAAAUGUAUGAGACAGAGUGCAUGAAGUUUAAAAGCAAAUACAUUUGACAGCUGUUGUUUUUCCUAAUGUCCAAACUGAACUGGUUGUCGUUUGAUUCCAGGAGCAAGUGACGGCAGCCAUAGCUCUGGCCAUGGAGCAGCAGACCCAGAAGCUGCUGGCGGAGACUCAGCAGGACAUCCCUGAAUUUGACAACCUGCUGCAGCCCAUCAUUGACACCUGCACUAAAGACGCCAUCUCGGUACGUUCAUGACACCAGGUUAACACAACAUAAGCAAUAGAUGAGAAGGGUCUGGUAUGUUUAGUCAGUGGUAUGUUUCUCUCUGGUUCCUCCCAGGCUGGUAAGAACUGGAUGUUCAACAACGCCAAGGGCCCACUGCACUGUGAGCUGAUGUGCUCACACCUCCGGAACCGCAUCACAGCCGACACUGCUCACUUCGAACUCCGCCUACACCUCAUCUAUCUCACCAAUGAUGUCCUCCAUCACUGGUAAAAGCAUGGUGGAAAUGAGACAUUGUUUUUAUCCUCAGAAUGCACUUUUUUCAUAUCAUAUGUGAUUGGCAAUCUGAUAUGUGCAUUUUAAACUGAUGAGAAAAAAAAACAAACCUGCUUGUGAUCGAUAAUGUAAGUAAUUAUAAUGUCAUGCAUUGUAUUCAUGGUUUAUUACGUGAACCUUGUCUUGUGUACCACCAGUCAGAGGAAGCAGCAGAGGGACCUGCUAGCAGCGCUGCAGAAGGUGGUGGUGCCCAUCUACUGCACCAGCUUCCUGGCUGUAGAGGAGGACAAGCAGCAGAAGAUCACACGGGUCAGUGGGCUGCCUGUUCAAUGUAGACAUUGCUCCAUAUAGAUGUUGCCUGUGUUUGAAUGACACCUUCUAUUUCCUGUUUCUCUCACAGCUUCUGCAACUCUGGGAAAAGAAUGGCUACUUCGACGAGGUGACGAUCCAGCAGUUACAGAGUCCAGCUGUGGGCUUGGGCCAGUAUCAGGUGAGGACCUAAGCUAGUGGCCUAGUAAAGUGAAAUACUGCAAAUUGGCUGACAGUUAAAAGCUUUGGACUUAGAAGUCAACCACAUACAGUACCAGUCAAAAGUUUGGACACACCUACUCAUUCAAAGGUUUUUCUUUCUUUCUUUUUUACAAUUUUCUACAUUGUAGAAUAAUAGUGAAGACAUCAAAACUUUGAAAUAACACAUAUGGAAUCAUGUAGUAACAACAAAAGUGUUAAACAAAUCAAAAUAUAUUGGAUAUUUGAGAUUCUUCAAAUAGCCACCUUUGCCUUGAUGACAGUUUUGCACACUCUUGGCAUUCUCUCAACCAGCAUCACCUGGAAUGCUUUUCCAACAGUCUUGAAGGAGUUCCCACAUAUGCUUAGCACUUGUUGGCUGCUUUUCCUUCACUCUGCCGUCCGACUCAUCCCAAACCAUCUCAAUUGGGUUGAGGUCGGGGGAUUGUGGAGGCCAGGUCAUCUGAUGCAGCACUCCAUCACUCUCCUUCUUGGUAAAAUAGCCCUUACACAGUCUGAAGGUGUGUUGGGUCAUUGUCCUGUUGAAAAACAAAAUGAUAGUCCCACUAAGCCCAAACCAGAUGGGAUGGCGUAUCGCUGCAGAAUGCUGUGGUAGCCAUGCUGGUUAAGUAUGCCUUGAAUUCUAAAUAAUUCACAGACAGUGUGUCACCAGCAAAGCACCCCCACAUCAUAACACCUCCUCCUCCAUGCUUUACGGUGGGAACUACACAUGCAGAGAUCAUCCGUUCACCCACACCGCGUCUCACAAAGACACAGUGGUUGGAACCGAAAAUCUCCAAUUUGGACUCCAGACCAAAGGACAAAUUUCCACUGGUCUAAUGUCCAUUGCUCGUGUUUCUUGGCCCAAGCAGGUCUCUUCUUCUUAUUGGUGUCCUUUAGUAGUGGUUUCUUUGCAGCAAUUCGACCAUGAAGGCCUGAUUCACACAGUCCCCUCUGAACAGUUGAUGUUGAGAUGUUUCUGUGACUUGAACUCUGUGAAGCAUUUAUUUGGGCUGCAAUUUCUGAGGCUGGUAACUCUAAUGAACUUAUCCUCUGCAGUAGAGGUAACUCUGGGUCUUCCAUUCCUGUGAUGAUCCUCAUGAGAGCCAGUUUCAUCAUAGCGCGUCAUGGUUUUUGCGACUGCACUUGAAGAAACGUUCAAAGUUCUUGAAAUGUUCCGUAUUGACUGACCUUCAUGUCUUAAAGUAAUGAUGGACUGUCAUUUCUCUUUGCUUAUUUGAGCUGUUCUUGCCAUAAUAUGGACUUGGUCUUUUACCAAAUAGGGCUAUCUUCUGUAUACCCCCCCCCCCCCCCCCCCCACCACCUUGUCACAACACAACUGAUUGGCUCAAACACAUUAAGAAGGAAAGAAAUUCCACAAAUUAACUUUUAAGAAGGCACACCUGUUAAUUGAAAUGCAUUCCAGGUGACUGACUACCUCAUGAAGCUGGUUGAGAGAAUGCCGAGUGUGCAAAGCUGUCAUCAAGGCAACAUUGGGCUAUUUGAAGAACCUCAAAUAUAAAAGAUAUUAUGAUUUGUUUAACACUUUUUUGGUUACUACAUGAUUCCAUAUGUGUUAUUUCAUAGUUUUGAUGUCUUCACUAUUAUUCUACAAUGUAAAAACAUUUUUUGUACAAAUAAAGAAAAACCCUUGAAUGAGUAGGUGUGUCCAAACUUUUGACUGGUAGUGUAUAUGCGUGCUGCCCCAUGUCACACAAGAAGGUCCAUCAAAAUAUAAUACAAUUUACAGCGCAUGAUUUUAAUUGAAUUUAUUUUAUUCACUCCAGCCAGGCCGUUCAUCACUAGUGUUUUCUGCAGCACUAACAAUACCAUCCUCCUGCUCAUCUCCUCUCUCUCCCAGGCCUCUCUGAUCACAGAGUACGCUGCGGUGGUGCAGCCCAUUCAGCUGGCCUUCCAGCAGCAGAUCCAGACCCUGAAGACGCAGCAUGAGGAGUUUGUGGCCAACCUGGCGGUUCAGCAGCAGCAGAAUGCAGCAGCCGCAGCAGCAGUGAGCCAGCUAGCUGCAGCAGAGCCUGACAUUAAGGCAGUCACCACUCAGCCUGGUGAGGGGAGAGAGAGAAGAACAUACUCGUACACGCAUGUAUAAACACACAUUCUCAAGCACACACACAGUGGUGGAAAAGUACUCAAUUGUCAUACUUGAGUAAAAGUAAAGAUACCGUGAUAGAAAAUGACUCAAGUGAAAGUCACCCAGUAAAAUCCUACUUGAGUAAAAGUCAAAGUAUUUGGUUUUAAAUAUACUUAAGUAUCAAAAGUAAAUGUAAUUGCUAAAAUAUACUUAAGUAUGAAAAGUAAAAGUAUAAAUCAUAUCUUGUUCCUUAUAUCAAGCAAACCAAAUGGCACAUUUUUUUUUUUUUUUUAAAUUUAUGGAUAGCCAGGGGCACACUCAGACAUCAUUUACAAAUACAGCAUUUGUCUUUAGUGAGUCCGCCAGAUCAGAGGCAGUGGGGAUGUGUGUGAAUUGGACCAUUUCCCUGUGCUGCUAAGCAUUCAAAAUGUAUCAAGUACUUUUGGGUGUCAGGGAAAAUGUAUGGAGUAAAAAGUACAUUAUGUUCUUUAGGAAUGUAGUGAAGUAAAAGUUGUCAAAAAUAUAAAUAGUGAAGUACAGAAACUCAAGAAAACUACUUAAGUAAAAAUACUUUAAAGUACUACUUAAGUACUUUACACCACUGCGCGCACACACACACACACACCAGGCACUUCAUUAUGUGCUUUUGUUUACAUGUUGUGGCUAUUGUUAGCAAAACAGCACUGUAGAGAAGAUGGUGAUGGAUUUGGUUGACUUUUAGGCUGUCUCUCUUGGGUACACACACACCAAGCACUUCAUAAUGUUAUUAGUUUACAUGUUGAUUAUGGGUAGAUUCUUCAUCUAUAGCCAUAUUUACCCAUUAACCAAAUAUCCUCUCACUGUCUUGUGGUGUCGAAGGCAUUUCACUGUAGUUGUGCAUGUGACAUUAAAACGUGAAACUUAAAACGACAGGAGAGGUGAAGGCGUCCAUGUCUGGCCCUCCUGGUGAUUAUGACGGAGCCCAGUCCAGAUCAGACCCCGGUGCCAACAACAGUGGCCACUCUGAUAACUCCUCUUCCAAACCCUGGUUUGACCCACAACACAUGUCUGGAGGCUGGAACCCCAAUCAGCCAGUAAGCUGCUCUCCUAAUGUGUUUGUAUGCAGUGUGUGACUGUUCCCUUAUUGUGUAAAACUACAAGGAAUAGUCUGUGGAUAUACUUACAGGUUUACUGUUGUUGUGGAGUUGAACAGAUUGACUGAUGUUCCUAUCUAUUGAAUCAGUCCAAUGCUAACAAACUGUUGAGUUGAUGAAUGAGUGGGUGGUGAAGGUACAGUAACAUGGAAGAUGAGUCUCUGUCUAAACACCAUUUAUUUUUGUCCCCUCUCAGCCUCCGUUCGACCCCACCCAGGCGCCCCCGCCGUGCCCCCCCUGGAACAGCCACGAGGGCAUCUGGAACGAGCAGAGGGGGGACCCCAGCUGGAGCGGAGGCCCCCCAAGGGGGGAGGGGGGUCCCUGGAGCGGAGGGGGAGGACAGAACGAGCCCCCUCCCAACUGGAGCGGUCAGUACGACCAGCCCCCCUGGAGCAACCAGGGACCUGACCAGCCCCCCUGGGGCCAGAGAGAUCCGCCCUUCCCCCGCAUGCAGAGGCCCCCCCACUUCAGAGGGCCCUUCCCGCCCCACCAGCCAGGGCCCCCUCCCUUCAACCAGCCGCCCCCGCCUCCCCACAACUUUGGCCGGUUCCCGCAGCGCUACAUGCAGGAUGACUUUCCACCCAGGCACCACUUUGAGAGGCCGCCCUACCCUCCACACCGCUUUGACUACCCACAGGGAGACUUCCCUGGAGGUAAGAAUACAGGACAGGUCCCACCCUGUGAGUUCAAUAUUCACCGUUUUUUCUAUGACUAUUGCAUAUGAGCACCCCUCUGGUUUAGUUUCCUGACCACCAUCCAUAGUUACCGUUCACAUAGCGUUGAUUUACAUCAGUAACUGAAAGUACUAGCUGCAACAUGUAAUUUAACUGAGUAUCUCCCCAUGCCCCUGCGUGUUGACCAAGACAUGGGCCCUCCUCCGCACCACCACCCUAGCCAGAGGAUCCCUCCUCCGGGUAUGGGGGGAGGGGAGCACCCUCCCUGGGGGGGUAACCAGCACCCAGACUUCGGCCCCCCGUCCCACGGCUUCAACGGCCAGUCCCCCCACAUGAGACAGCGUCCAGCCCCGGCUCACGUCAACCAGGACGACCCCAGCCUGGUCCCCAACGUCCCCUACUUCGACCUGCCCGCCGGACUCAUGGCCCCUCUUGUCAAAGUGAGUGGCAAGGGAUGAAGAUGUCGAUUGCUUUUCAAGGAUAAAUUGUUUCCACAGCUCACCAUACAUGGAGAUACAUAUAUUUAUUGGACACAGUGAUCUAAACAGUUAUGUUCUCUACCUGUUUAUGUGCGUUAGCUGGAAGACCAUGACUACAAAGCACUGGAUCCCAAAGACAUCCGUCUGCCUCCCCCGAUGCCCCCCAGUGAACGCCUGUUAGCUGCUGUGGAGGCCUUCUACAGCCCCCCCUCCCACGACCGACCCAGGAACAGGUAAAACACAAACAUUUUCACUUGAUGUGAUCAAUGCAAUGUGUGUGCUCUAUUGAUUACAAUGUGUUUGUCUGUCAGUGAGGGCUGGGAACAGAACGGCCUGUAUGAGUUCUUCAGAGCCAAGAUGAGAGCCAGGAGGAGAAAGGGCCAGGAGAAACACAACAGGUGAGACAGUCUGCCUGCUGACCAGCCUUAUGUCUCUCACACACACACUUAUCUGUAGUAUAAUGAGACUUUGGGUGUCUAUUAACAUAAAAUAAAUGUGCCUUUGAAAUCAGCAGGUAAAUACAAAUGCUUUGCAAGUCUGUUCGUCUUAUUUCCCAUCUGUGUCACAGGAAGCUGCUGAUGGGAGGACUGAUCAUAAUAAUGGCUGGAAUGGUGUGAAUAGAAUGGUAUCAAACACAUCAAAAACCAUGUGUUUGUGUUCGAUACCAUUCCAUUUAUUUUGUUCCAGCCAUUACAAUGCGCCCGUCCUCCACAAUUAAGUUGCCGCCUGUCGUAAGUGUAAAUACGGAAUGAGAGAUGAGUGUUAACGAGGUGUGUUCUCUCUGUCUCUCCCAGUGCACACGGUAGUCGUUCACACAGCCGUUCUCGUAGUCAGGGCCGCUCCUCGUCUGAAUCCAGCUCCAGAUCCUCCAAGUCCUCCCGCUCCUCCUCCCGGUCCCGAUCUCGCUCCUACUCCCGAUCUCGCUCCAGGUACGCACAGAUGGGAGUCUUCCUGAUUUAACAGGAAUUCCUGAACUCCGAAAUUUAGAUUUUGUUAAUGUUAGUUGGUGGUGAUGCACCACCAACACGAGACCGACACAGUUACGAAGACAUUGAUGCUUAUGACUUUUUGUAUUUCACCUCCACAGGAGCAGGAGCCGAUCCAGGUCGUCCCGCAGUCGCUCUCGUUCUAGGUCUCGCUCCAGAUCUCGCUCUCCUGACAAGAGACGGCAAGAGAGGCCUGCCUCCGCCCCCGCCUCCCAGAAGUCCCGUAGCCCCUCCCCUCCGUAAGUCCCUCAUCUCAUCAUGCACAGGAUCCUACUGUCCACACAUCCUAUUGCGUCUGACAUAUUGCUUGCAAAUCUGUGCAUAUAAUGGCGAUACGGGCUUGGGGAGGGUAGAGACCGAAUAGUAACUGCCAUUGAGAUAAUGGAGGCGUCACACUCACAUUGAAAAGUUAAAGCAGAGCAUUGAAGGCUGUAGAACAGGGUUUCCCAACCCUCUCUUUUGGGCCCCACCCAGACAUUUCACAUUUUUGUUUUAACCCUAAACUGGCACACCUGAUUCAGUUACUCAACUAAUCAUCAAGCCUUUGACUAAUUGUUUAGGGUUAAAACAAAAAUGUGAAUCGUCUGAGGGGGCCCAAAGAGAGUGUUGGGGAACCCUGCUGUAGAUAGGUUUUGCUGUCUUUACUGAAUGUACAGUUGAAGUCGGAAGUUUACAUACACUUAGAUUGGAGUCAUUAAAACUCGUUUUUCAACCACUCCACACAUUUCUUGUUAACAAACUAUCGUUUUAGCAAGUCGGUUAGGACAUUUACUUUGUGCAUGACACAAGUAAUUUUUCCAACAAUUGUUUACAGACAGAUUAUUUCACUUAUAAUUCACUGUAUCACAAUUCCAGUGGGUCAGAAGUUUACAUACACUAAGUUGACUGUGCCUUUAAACAGCUUGGAAAAUUCCAGAAAAUGAUGUCAUGGCAUUGGAAGCUUCUGAUAGGCUAAUUGACAUCAUUUGAGUCAAUUAGAGGUGUACCUGUGGAUGUAUUUCAAGGCCUACCUUCAAACUCAGUGCCUCUUUGCUUGACAUCAUGGGAAAAUCAAAAGAAAUCAGCCAAGACCUCAGAUUAUUAUAUUUUUGACCUCCAAGUCUGGUUCAUCCUUGGGAGCAAUUUCCAAACACCUGAAGGUACAACGUUCAUCUGAACAAACAAUAGUACGCAAGUGGUGCGAAAAGUGCAAAUCAAUCCCAGAACAACAGCAAAGGACCUUGUGAAGAUGCUGGAGGAAACCGGUACAAAAGUAUCUAUAUCCACAGUAAAACGAGUCCUAUAUCGACAACCUGAAAGGCCUCUCAGCAAGGAAGAAGCCGCUGCUCCAAAACCACCAUAAAAAAGCCAGACUACGGUUUGCAACUGCACAUGGGGACAAAGAUCGUACUUUUUGGAGAAAUGUCCUCUGGUCUAAUGAAACAAAAAUAGAACUGUUUGGCCAUAAUGACCAUUGUUAUGUUUGGAGGAAAAAAGGGGCUGCUUGCAAGCCGAAGAACACCAUCCCAACCGUGAAGCACGGGGGUGGCAGCAUCAUGCUGUGGGGUUGCUUUGCUGCAGGAGGGACUGGUGCACUUCACAAAAUAGAUGGCAUCAUGAGGAAGGAAAAUUAUGUGGAUAUAUUGAAGCAACAUCUCAAGACAUCAGUCAGGAAGUUAAAGUUUGGUCGCAAAUGGGUCUUCCAAAUGGACAAUGACCCCAAGCAUACUUCCAAAGUUGUGGCAAAAUGGCUUAAGGACAACAAAGUCAAGGUAUUGGAGUGGCCAUCACACAGCCCUGACCUCAAUUCUAUCGAAAAUGUGUGGGCAGAACUGAAAAAGCGUGUGCGAGCAAGGAGGCCUACAAACCUGACUCAGUUACACCAGCUCCGUCAGGAGGAAUGGGCCUAAAUUCACCCAACUUAUUGUGGGAAGCUUGUGAAAGGCUACCUGAAACGUUUGACCCAAGUUAAACAAUUUAAAGGCAAUGCUACCAAAUACUAAUUGAGUGUAUGUAAACUUCUGACCCACUGGGAAUGUGAUGAAAGAAAUACAAGCUGAAAUAAAUCAUUCUCUCUACUAUUAUUCUGACAUUUCACAUUCACCUAAGACAGGGAAUUUUUACGAGGAUUAAAUGUCAGGAAUUGUGAAAAACUGAGUUUAAAUGUAUUUGGCUAUGGUGUAUGUAAACUUCCGACUUCAACUGUAUUGGUUGUGAUCUCCACAGAACUACGUCUGGUCUGGGCGCAGCCCCCUCUAUCCUGCCUCCAGACAGCAGGCUGGGAGAGGAGAACAAGGGCCAUCAGCUGCUCAUGAAAAUGGGCUGGAGUGGUUCUGGGGGGCUUGGGGCGAAGGAGCAGGGCAUCCAGGACCCCAUCAAGGGGGGAGAACUCCGGGACAAGUGGGACCAGUAUAAAGGAGUGGGGGUGUCACUGGACGACCCUUAUGAGAACUACCGCAGGAACAAGAGCUACAACUUUGUAGCUCGCAUGAAGGCAAGGGAGGAAGGUAGGAAUGUUCAUCAAGUGAUUUGUAUGUAUGCACUCACUAAACUGUAUCGCUCUGGAUAAGAGCGUCUGAUAAAUGACAAAAAUGUAAAUCUAAAAUCUAUUUUUAAACAAAAAAAAAAAAUGAAAUCCUGUGGUAGUGGAUAUGUGUAUUUUUAGGUGAUAUGACAAACUAAAAUAUAACAAAUGGUCUUGUUUAUUUCAGUGAAUCGGGAUCCACAGGAGCCCCCUCCCCCCGAAUGAUGUGCAUAGUAAAUCAAACAACCCUUACCCAGAACACACCUCCAGUCAGUUUUUUGUACAGAAUAAUGGUCAUAAGUGUUUGUUUGCAAAAUCCUCCGUUUUAAUGUUACUUUUUCGUGAUACUCUUUCAUGUAUUUUCUUAAUGUUCCAGUUUUUGAUUACUUGGAAAUGGAUAGAAAUUGUAUUGUGUUGCUCUUUUGAAAGAAAAAUAAACUAAAUCCCACAAAAUAAGUUUGAAGAAUUCACCCACUGACAACUGUAAAUGUGAAUCAAAAUCACCCUCUAACCACAUGCUGUAAAGAAAAACCAU